CCCACUACACAUGACAUGCCUCAGGUGGUAGCCAUCUUGUUUUGGCUGUUGCCUUACCUGGAUUUUUUCACCUGUGUCGCUUACCUGGAUUUAACAAGCACCUGUUCCAGAGUGGGUCUGUGAGUGGGACAAGUUGUUUUUGGUUGUAGGGACCUGUGUGUUUAUUAUGUGAAUAUCGAGGACAAGGUUUUUAUACAGUGUGUGGUGAGGUAUUUGUGGAAUUUGUUCCAUAUACAUCAUACAUCCCUGUGUGAAGUGUGUGUGAAUCAUGUUUAGUGUACCUGUCCGUGUCUGGGAAACAUGGAGUCACGUUACUACAGUGCCGAAGAGGACUGGGACCUUGGUACUCUGCAGUUUAUAAACCAACAGCUCGAAGACUACCUCAAAAUGUUGCCGGGUGGGAUGGACCUGACCCUGAACGAGCUGCAGGAGAUGGCUGCUCGACAGCAGCAGCAGAUCGAGAGCCAGCAGCAGAUGCUGGUUGCCAAGGAGCAGCGCCUCAAGUACCUGAAGCACCAGGAGCAGAGACACACACAGCUGUCGUCAGAGCAGGACCGGCUGCGCAGGCUCCGGGACAAGGUGGACACCCAGGAGCUGAAGCUGAAGAAACUGAGAGCUCUCCGCGGUCAGGUGGAGCAGCACAAGACGGCAAACGGAAACCUCAAUUCGGAACUGGAUUCUGUGAAGGCACUCUUCAAUGAAAAAGAGAAGGAACUGUCUAUGGCCGUGGCGCGAGUUGAACACCUGACGAAGCAGCUGGAGGAAAUACAGAAAGGCAAGAUCAAUGGGAUAAACGGUGAAACUCAGUCAGCCGCUGUCGCCGAGCUGGAGAAACUGAGGAAGGAGCUGGUGUCGCGCAACAAACUGAAUGACGAACAAAGCAACAAACUGUCAGCUCAGCGAGAACUCUUGUUUCACAAGAAAGACGAGGCCAGCAAGAUGGAUGUGCGGAUACAGGAACUACAACAACGAAUCAAGAAACGCCGAUCACAGCAGAACGAACACGCCCAACAGAACAAAAACAUCCUCAACCAGAACAAAUACCCGGGCCGACCCCCGGGAACCAACAUAGCCGCCGUCGAACCAUACGUCCAGCAGGUUAUCAAAGACACGACCCAGGAUGAUUUGUGUAAAAACGCUGGCUUCAUGAAGAAAGAUCCAAAAUAUCAGUCUCUUCCUUCCAAUACAAAGUUUACUGGAGACAAAAACAGUGUGAGCGAACCGAGCAAAGAGUUGAACAAUAACGAGAGGACUGAGGAUAAACAGUUGCCCAGUGGGGUACACAGUGAUUUCUAUCGGAGGAAACACGAUCUGAAUGGUCCGAAGUCUGGCCCGUCCAUGAAUGGACCGUUAUCGGCCGACAGUCAAGGUGGUAAGAUUCAGAAUGGAGACCAGAGCGCAGCUUUCGGUCAGGAGAACAAAGUGUCUAGUGCUAAUAGUCAAGGACCUCCUAAGUUUAACGUGACAAACAUUGCAAAGUACGCCCCCAGGCCCUUUGGAAGCACAUACAGUACAACGGUGCUGGCAGGAAGGCUGCCAGGACAAUCGCUACAGCAACCGGUCAUUAACAUCACGGAGGAAGAGAGGCAGGCUGGUAGUGGCCAGAGCUCUCCAGCUUCUAGUGACAGUUCUCAGAACUCGCCAAACAGCAGAGGUAAUGCUGGGUUGUCAAAUGGUGGACAGCUCUUGCCGUCUGCCACAAGUAAGCAGAAGCCGUCUCCACCCAUUAGAAAUUCCAGCAACCAGCCUCCAGGGUCAGCAGCACCAGCUCAGAAAGGUCCUGGUGGUUCUUCAGUUCCAGGAAAGGGUCUUCUUAAAGGUGAUGGUCCUCAAAACAUUCCAUACAGUCAGCCAAAGCCUGGACAGCCAGUGUCUGCUUCUUUUGUAUUUUCUAAAAAAGGCGUCCAGACACUGGUGUCAGAAAGUAAGAUGUCUCCUUCGAAUGUGGCACAUUCCUCCUCUAAAGAUUCUCCACAGAAUGGCACCGACUCUCAACAAGGUGAUGUUACAGAUGGCAGGUUUUCUUUUGACUCUCCCGUUGCGGAGAAGCCUCAGCUGCAGGCUCAUUCGACCCCAGUCACGAGUUCUAACAGUGGCAGUACAACGGCGGUGUCUCAGGCUGGGGUUUCAAAAGGAAUUCCAACUUACAGAUACGCCACGAAAAAUGCAAUAAUGAACACGUACAUGGGUAAACUAGGCAGCUCAGCUUUGCAGAAAUACCAAGCAAAUAUGCAAAAGUUGUAUCAGAAUGCAAAUGUUCCUAAAGUUCAAACGGCAGAACAGCCAAAGCAGGAUGAGAACAGUUUGCCUGGGAGCAGCUCCCCAUCAGAAAACAGUGGUAGUUACAAUGUGCCGACCGCUAGUCAUGUUUCCGUGACCAAGGACAAAGAUGGGGCUGGGUUCGAACAAAGGACUGCUUUCAACCAGCCGUCAUCUUCUGCUCAAGGGGAAGGGGAAGGCACAGGUACGGACAGUCCAACGAGGACACACACUCAUUUCGGACUGGUGGGAUUGCCCCAAUACCAGCACAUAGCAUCGGACAAAGGCAGUUACAAAGCCAACACGCCAAAGCAGGUGCGCAGACGACACUCGGAUAGCGACAAUGAGGACCUGCACAAGUAUUUACGGGGAGGCUACGAGAAAUAUGCAGCCAAUCAAAAAAUAAGCAGUGGUCUUUCAAACUACCAGUCAAGUGCCUUUUCAAACUCUGAGCAGUCAGAAAAUGGUGGCGGUAGUAGUGCUCAAUCGGACAACAGCCAGACGGACGCUAACAGUGCCAGCGAGUCUUCCAAAGCUCAGCUUUCUCCACUACCCUCUCCUGAAGGGGUCGUGUUGAGGAAGAAGACCAAUCUGAAAAGUAAAAAAUCUAAAAAGGUCUCAAACCGAGUAAGUUUCGACCCUCUGGCUCUUCUGCUGGAUGCAUCUCUCGAGGGUGAACUUGACCUGGUUAUGAGGACAGCCAAAGAGGUAAAAGAUGUCAGCACGCCCAAUGACGAAGGUAUCACUGCUCUCCACAACGCAAUCUGUGCCGGCCACUAUGAGAUUGUCCACUUCCUCGUAGAGUUUGGUUGUGACGUUAAUUCACCCGACAGUGAUGGCUGGACUCCACUACACUGCGCGGCGUCGUGUAACAACCUGCCGAUGGUGCGCUUCAUCGUGGAGCACGGCGCAUGCAUCUUCGCGACCACGUACAGCGACCACGAGACGGCUGCCGAGAAGUGCGAGGAGGACGAGGACGGCUACGACGGGUGUUCUGACUACCUGUACAGUAUUCAGGAGAAACUGGGAAUUCUCAACAAUGGUGAGGUGUACGCAGUGUUUGACUACAAGUCUCAGAACAAGGACGAGUUGACGGUUAAAAUAAAUGAUAACGUUACCAUUCUACGAAAAGGAGACGAGAAAGAGAAGGAAUGGUGGUGGGCCAAGAAACUAGACCGAGAAGGAUAUGUUGCCAAGAAUCUACUAGGGCUGUACCCUCGAGUCCUACCAAAGAACAUGAGAGAAGACGGCAAAGAAUAACGGAUUCUGUUGGAUCAUUAAUGUUCAUAUGUUUAUAUCUAAAUAUACUCAUGGAAAAAUGUGCAUAGCCAAAACAUAAAAUUAAAAUAAUUUAUCUUAAAUAAUUUUUGCUCGCAAACGCAAAAGUUUAUGAGGUAUUUAUUUUACAUAAAUAGUUCAAAAUUAGUGUAUACCAUUUUACAUAAUUGAAUACAAAGCAAACAAAUUUAUUGAAUAGUUGUAUAACAAUGAGUCUAUGGCAAGAUGUUAUUUUUCUUACAUGAUUUAAAGUCCACAUUUUCAUUUGGAAAUGGCGUACAUAUUUUUUUCUUUAGAGUAUUCUUUUAAUGAACAUCUUCAAUAAUGGAAAUAUAUUUUCUGAAACUCUGGGCUUACGUUGUUAAAUUAUGAAUGUAAAAUUUUCAUAUAGCUAUGAAAUGAAGGUCACUGCAGUUAUUAUGUACCGUUCAUAAAUAUUAUUUUUGUCUAAAUUAGAAUAUUGUUUGGGAAUUUGUGAACAACAAACUGAUACCACAGUCCCAUCAGUCCCAUCAGUCAUAGCAUAAGAAAACUAAUCCAGUAUUCACACUAAAGCAUUUCAGUCCCAUACGACAGGGCCCUCUGUAAUAUCUAAUAAUUUCACAUUAAAAUGUGCUCAGGGUAAACUUAUUCUACUCAACCAACGAUAUGUUUCAAAUGCAACUGAAUUUGUUAUCAACAAAUAAAACAAUCUUAAUUAACAAAUUGUAUCCAUAUUUUGUUUGACAUUUAUUCUGUCUUGUGUGAAAUGUGUAUUUUGCAUGAAUAAAAUGUAUGUGUAUUUAAGAAUGAUGUUAUAUAUUGAUGGUUGUGAUCUGAAGCAGGAGUGUUGAGAAAAAAUGGUUCGUCUCGAUGGUGUUGUGAGUAAUUCUGAAUAUACAUGGUGGACUGAUGGAAAGAUUCUUCAUAUAAAUGGCAUAAUGAAUCCAAUGGAUGGAAGUGCAAUAUUACAUGUUUUAUUCACUGCGAUUCUGUGGUUUCCACUUAAGUUUACUUUAUCUCCCCCUGAAAAGAAGCAAAAAAAGAUCUCAAGUAUCAGUUUUUUGAAAUCCAAGAUAAAUUCAUGGCUACUGCUUUUAAACUGAUCGAUCGAGUCACUUUUUUUAUGCAGAAGUUAAAUUUGACCUAAAAUUGCCAUCAGUAAUUUAGCUACUAUACUGGUUAGCUAUUAUACUGGUGAUCUUUUUUCCGUAGUGAAAUAUAUGAUAAACUAGUUUAAAUUCUGCAAUAUAUUACCAAAUAUUAUGUACAUUCUAAAAUGCAAUAUACAUUUCACAUUUUUUGACUAGUAACUUUUCAAAUAAGUGUUGGUCAACUAAACUUAACUUAUUACCGUUAAUAAUAUAACAUGAUUGGAACUUGUUAAAAAUUAGUGCUUUUAUUUUAUUUAAAAUUUUCUAAACUGUCAUUUACAACUGAUAAUUGUGAGUUUUAUUUCUUCUUCUUUUUUAAAAUGACAAGCAAUUUUUUCAUGCAGUUUUGUUGAGAGCAAAAAUGUGCAUUUUUGAGCAUGUUUAAAUGUGUACAUUUCAUACUGAAUAGAACCAAAAGAGAUUUCUGUUUAAAAAAUGUCUGGGAUAAGUGGAAAAUAUGUCCCCUUUAUUGGUUAACACACUUUGAUAAUAUCAGAUUUUUGUGGUAACUGCUAAAAACCCACUUGAAAAUGUAUUUGAUAAUAUCAGAUUUUUGUGGUAACUGCUAAAAACCCGCUUGAAAAUGUAUGCAUGGAAAUGCAUUUUCACAUACAGAAAUAGUGGAAAAUGGGCCUUACAAAUUAUAUAAACAAAAGGCUGCAGUGCAAUGUUUAACAAUACAGUAUACCAAAUAUUUAAUUGUGAUAUAUUCAAAGUAAUUUGUUGAUGCAGACCAAAGUUAUGCAUUUUGAUGUCGCCUUGGGGCAAGGGGAGGUGGAUGGUUGUGUUGUAAUAAGGAAACAUUUUAUGUACAAUUUCUGUUAAAAAGUAUAUUUGUAUGAAAUAUUUUCUGUAUACAUGUAUGUUGUAAUAUAGUAGUAAAUGGUUUCGAUAACAUUUGUUAAAACAUUUUUUUUUUCUGUAUAGUUUAAAAGAAGUGCUGUGCACUAAAUAUAUUUUGUAUAUAAUUUAUGCAAGUUGUCUAUGCAACAGAAGCAUGGAAUAUGUUUUUUUUAUUUAUUCUUGAAUCAUGUUUAGCAUAAGGGAAGAUUAAGUGUAUUCCACACUUCACAUUGUCUACAAUCAUAGUGCUAAAUUACCUACAAGUUUUUACUUAUUUUUGAUGGUCCAUUUGCCAUAAACAUUUGAAAUUCUUCCACAGGUCAAAAUAAAAUGCAGUACAUCACUAAUGUACUUCUAAGGGAGAUCACCCAAUUAUUGCUUGCACAAAUGCAGCUCACUAUUAUUCUAGACAAUUCUUGUAUUAACUAACAAUUUUGGAACAUGUUCCAUGCCAUCAAAUGUAUUUUUUUAAAACCCAAUUGUGAUUAAAGUCAACA